UGGAUGACAGCGGGCUGACCCACCGGCUUGGCGCGGCGGGCAAACUAGUGAGACAGUGUCUCUAAGUGGUAGGGCCCAAGGUCUUUUCUUUUCUUUUUUUCUUUUUUUUUUUAAAAAAACUCCCAAAAUGUAAACGUGAGUAAGGCAUGAAAUACGGAGUUUAAAUGCCCUCACUUAUCUUUGGGUUACUAAUAUACUAAACCCUUCUGGACUAAGCAAAGGAGGUAAGUUCCUGCGGCUGGGAGCGGAAGCCACACUGGGGUCUUCAGAAUCUCCCACCAAGGCUGUACCUCUGGAGGAUUUCUGGGUUUGGAUUUGGUGGUCUCAAGAAGAGUCUUCAGAUGGAUUUUAAAAUUGAACACACUUGGGAUGGUUUUCCAGUGAAUCAUGAGCCAGUAUUUAUCAGGCUGAAUCCAGGUGACAGAGGAGUGUUGAUGGACAUUAGUGCUCCAUUUUUCAAUGAUCCUCCAGCCCCACUUGGAGAGCCAGGAAAACCUUUCAAUGAACUGUGGGAUUAUGAAGUUGUGGAAGCAUUUUUCUUGAAUGGUAUAACUGAGCAGUAUUUAGAAGUUGAACUUUGUCCCCACGGCCAGCAUUUAGUGCUUUUACUUUCUGGAAGAAGAAAUGUGUGGAAACAAGAACUUCCUUUGUCAUUCAGAGUGUCCAGAGGAGAGACAAAAUGGGAAGGCAAAGCUUAUCUUCCUUGGAGUUAUUUUCCACCAAAUGUGACAAAAUUCAAUUCAUUUGCAAUUCAUGGAUCAAAAGAUAAACGAAGUUAUGAAGCUCUUUACCCUGUACCUAAGCAUGAACUGCAACAAGGACAAAAACCUGACUUCCAUCGCCUAGAAUACUUCAAGCCUUUCAAUUUUAACACACUGCUUGGAGAAGAAUGGAAACAACCAGAAUCAGACCUAUGGCUAAUAGAGAAAUGUGAUAUAUAGGAGUGUAAUAGAUAACCAUACUAAUCAUUUUUUCUCUAUACCUUUUAAGAUAAACAAAAAAAUAAGUAUCAAUCUUUUUUAAGACAUCAUGCAUACAUUUUAACAAUAAUUAUUUUCAUAGAAGUCACUGAAAAUAUAGUAUCUGUUGCAAAUUGUAUAUGAUUAACAUGAAAAUGGAUGAUUCUUUAUAGAUGAUUUGAUCUAUAAAGUCACAAUGUUUCUCAGAGUCCCUCAGUCCAGGAUGUUACAUUCCCAGAACACAGUACAGUUAUUCUUGAGAACUACAAGUGAGAAAGGGUGGACAAUUGAGUUUGUCCAGGGCCACCUAGAGAACUUCUGCACUACCCUGUGCUUCGGCCAUUUCAUUGCUAGAUAUAUACCCCAAAAAAUGAAUGUUCAUAGGAGCUUUAUUCACAAUAACACAAAACUGUAAACAGUCAAAUAUCUAUCCACAGGAAAAUGGGUAAACUGCAAUGUAGUCAGUGGAAUACUGGUCAUUAAAAAAAGGACUACUGAUACAUGUAACAACGUGUAUGAAUCUCAGAAACAUUAAGUUGAGCAAAAUAAGCCAGACAUAACAUACUGUCCAAUUACUUUUAUAUUAAAGCCACUACCAGGCAAAACGCAUUUGAUGAUAAACACCAGAACAGUGGCUGCUCUACGUAAGGGCAAGGAAUUCAAAUUGCAUGGAAAAGGGGCUGAGGAAAUUUCCUGGGGUGAUUGAAAUGUUUUGUAUUUUGAUCUGGAUGAUGGUUACGUAGCUGUAUAUAUUCGUCAACAUUCCUCAUGCUGUAUGUUUAGAUUUGUGAUUUUACUGUAUGUAAAUUAAUUCCUUAAUAUAAUACUCUUAUAAAAUAAACUGUAAAUUAAAUAAACUGUAAAUUAAAAUAAACUGUAAAAUAAACUGUAAAUUCAAGUUUACAUUGCAUUUGUAUUUUUCCAUUGACAGUCACUAGUGCUGGUUAAAUAUGGCCUAUUGACUUACUCAUUUCUUACAUAUGUUCUCUAUUUGAAAAGAGAACUAGUGUAAGAUAAAUGCCGACUUUUACAAAAGGUAUUAUAAGUAUCUUACUGACUUCACAUCAUGGUGGCAGUGUUAGGCAUUUUAGAUAAAUUGAGAAAUUAUUUUUAAAACUGACAGUAGCAACUAAUUAAUUUGAUAUAGAAACGAUCUGCCUGUUUUGGAUAGGAAAGACAUAUUUUAAAUAACCUAGGAUGACUUAUUUAUAAAUUACAUGUAUAAUUUUAUAAAUGCAUAUAAAAGUGUCAAAAUAAAAAUAAGAGUAUCUUGAUUUUAGAAGUGAAUCAAACACUAUGAAUCACAGUUUCAGAUGUAAAUCAUAACUAUUUAUAAUAUGGAUAAAAGUGAAGCACAAAUAUAGAUAUAAUCACAACAAUAUAAAAUACUGAAUUUGAAUGUUGUAGCUUGUAAGCUUUCUCAAACCUAAUUUGUAUCUUUUUAAAAUUUGUUUAGAUGUUUUUUAAACAUCUCUUAACUUUCUUUCAUCUAGAUAAGAAAUUUAUUUUUCUUCUAAUACCAAGCAAGCAAAAAUACAUUAUAUAAACAUUUUCUUUUGAAAGGAACAUGCAUAUCAACUACAGAAUUUUGGAAAGCUUGUCCAUUAGUCAGGUACAAGUAAUAGAUCCUAUAGAAACUUGUAUUUGAGAGUGGGUGUUUUUAAUAGCCAUUUCAAAUUUGUUUUUCAACUUUAGGACCAUGAAAGAAUAAUCAUCCUUUUGUUUAAAAUAUGCAUAAAUGCAUUUCUUUGCUGUGGUUUGAAUUGUUCACUGCAGUGUCAAGCAGAUUCUGUCUUCUCACCACCUAAAUGAUUAGACAGUGUACAUAUUUAUUCAGGUGCUUUCUCAUGCUUUUUCCCAGCUCCAGGAAAGUGUAAGUCACAGUCUGAACGGAAAUAUGCUUUUUAUUUCUAGCUCCAAACUAGUUUUUAUAAACGUUAAAAAAGUUUUUGCCACAGAAGAAAAUAUUUAAUUUCCCCUCAUUCUUGUCCUCCUUUUGCUCCUUUUUAAAAUGUUAGGCUUUGGGAAGAAGAUAAUGAGCAUAAUUAAUUUGAUAUUGAAAAAGAAAGGGUAGCAAGUGGAUGAAGCAAUUACAGUAAGCCCUCGGCCCUUUUCUCAUGCCUCAAAGCCCAAGGAUUGCCUCUUCUUUUCCAUGUAAGUUCCCAUGGUAUUUUACACAUUGCUUGAUUAGAGCAUUUAUUUCACUGUGUCCUACAUAGCUCUUCUGACCCACCUCCCAUCCUCUCAGCCUAACUUUCUACUCCAGCAAUCAGUUGCAUAGUGAACUGACUCUCCAGUUGCCUCAGCUGCACUAUGUAUGUCUUGCUUCCUGCCCCUAGAGUUUCUCUGCCUUCUCUGCUGUGUGGAACACUAGCAGGAACCCAUUUAGCCAUUCUUACACAUGAACUACCCUGGAUAUGUGAAGGGACUAAAACACCCCAUGGGGCACCUCUUGACCAAGGAGGGUGAGAAUUGAUGGAGAAAUACUUCUCUGUUACAACCCUCAGUUUAACAGUUCUAUGGUCCCUUCUACACAGCUCCAAAGAAGUUCUCUUAAAAGAAUCCCACCUGGUUAUCCACAACAGUGGCCAACUGGUAAUACCCUUUUGCCUGAUCUUUCCUUCAUUUCCAUCAUUUUCUGUUUUGCUCUUCCUAGUACCCCUCUCUUCCCUGGAAUUAUUUAACUACAGUCAAUGUCUGUGGAAGUGAUUGUCCCAUGUUUGCUUUAGGGGAACCCAGGCUAAGUCAGUGAUUACCUAACGUAGCCCUAGAAAGCAUCUCAUCAGAACGGGAAUCUAGAAUUGUAUCAUAGGGCACUUGGUGACAAGGACCCCAUUGUUAGUGGUAAUGCCUCUGGUAUAAGUAACUUCACAGUUACUAAAACUUCUAUGGAAUGGUAGACUGGCUUGAGGUGCAGCUGAGGUACCUGAAGCUAUGAAAACCAUCUAGUCAUAAUGAUUCUUCAUGUCAACUGUUAAGCAGGCAAACAGAAGCAUGAUAUUGGAAGAGAUAUUGAUCCUGGCUACCAUGCAGAGCUAGGGUUAUAACUAUUAAUGGAGGCAGGAUAGAGUAUGUCCUUGCUAGGGGUUUCAUUGAGGCAUCCUUCGGUGUUUCAAUGUCAAGUGAUAACCUUAAAUGGGCAACUGAAGCAACCACAGCCUGACAAGGUAAAGCAGCUAAGGACUCUGAUCCUUUGAGAAUGAAGGUCUAGGUCACUCCACCACUCCAGCCACUUGAAUCUACUGAAGAGCUUGGCCAAAUGUGAGAGAAAUACAGAAUUUGUGGUGGAAGAGAGAGAUGAUAACUAUUAAUUAUAGACUUGAAAUCGAUUACAGCAGCCACCAAAGCAUGUUCCACUAAAUCUUUUGCAUUUAGUAUUUGUGUAAUGGCUACCCACUUCCUUGAAGACUCUGUGACAGAUUGGACUCAACGUGGAAACUGAGUGGUUCUGAGUGCUGCAAGGAGUGGGCUGUAUUUAAUAUCUUUUGUGUCCCACCUCACAACCUCAUAGGCCAUUUUUCAAUUCACCCAUUUUACUCUUUGACAGCACUUUACCGCUGUUGUCCCAUACAUCUCUAGAUUUCUGUAUUAGUGCUUUUCUGACACCUCAGUUAUGUGGAACACCUGUGGAAAUUUGCUGAUCUACUUUGACAUGUAUGUAAACCUGGAAGUUUGAGGGAAUUGACAAUAAGGACAGGAUUCAGUGAGUAAAUACUCCCCUCUUCUGUCCUUUGGGCAGACAAUUCUGAAGUGCAUUCCAUAUAAUUCCUUAGUGGUCUCCAGUAGGACUCCACUAGAGUCUUCAGUUACCUACAGUACUGACUGGCUUAAAAAUACAAUCUUAGAUUGCCUUACCUUAUUUAAUUUUUCCAAAGUUCCCAAUCCCAUUCAUUAGAAUCACAUUCCAAAAUGAAUGAACUGCACACAACCCUUUUUAAAGACCCUGUUUUUGUGAGGGGUAAGGGUAUCCAGGAAUACGUGCAUAACAAAUCUUCUAACUAAAUAGAUGUAUAGCAUAAAAUGUACUCUGUGUGUGUGUGUGUGUGUGUGUGUGUGUGUGUGUAGCAUAUUUUUUGUUAAAUCAGUAUUCCUGGCUCUACUCAUUUUCUGAAAAUUUCUUAUUUGAAUUCUGCUCUGAAAGAGCAAAAUUUAUAAAAUUGACUAUUGUAAACAUUCAUUUAUUUAUUUAUUUAUUUUACCAACUAUCAUUUUUCAUGCAAGGAAUAGUAAAAAGAGUUACCCCUGAAGCUAAGAUGACAGAUGAGGAAUAUAGGAAGCCUCAUGAAUCUAUGAAAAGUGAGGGGUGUCUGCAUAUUUCAUUUUGUUAUUUCAUAAUAAAUAACUAGUCAUUAAAAUUUAUUUUCCAUAUAAUGGGAUCCAUUUUUGUCUGAUAUUUAUAAAUCGAAUAUGUAAUAUAAAGAAGAAAUAGAAUAUGUUGUCAAAUGACAUUUCACUUUACUACUUGUUUGAAUUACAAUGAAAAUAUGUAGCUACAUCACUGGCCCUUGAGAGAGCUUUGGGUGUUGCGUAAAUGUUUUACUUUACACUCUUGAAAAAUUCGCAGAGAAUGCAAGGUUUAGUAAAAAUUCACUUUCUUUUGGCAGCCUAUCACCUGUAGUUUCCAUUAAACACAUUUCUGACUCAAUAGUACACCGAAAACCUAUGUUUGUAAUAAUGCCCUAAAGCACUGCAGCACCUAGAGUAUACCUUUCGAAGAGAUAGCUUUCCUCAAAUAGAAAACCAAACUGUAAAUUGAAGUCUGAGCAUUCAGAGAAAUAAAAAUUAUGCUAAAUACAAGUGUAUGUUUUUGAAUUAGUUUUUCAAAAAAUGGCAAAGAGAUAAUAUUACUUAGUGAUAUUAUUAAUAUCACUAAAUAUAUUUAGUAUACUUUGGUAUACACAGCAAAAACAACCAAUGUCUUAUACUCCCACAAUAGUCUGGCCAUCCCUUUUUGGCCAGCUGCCUGACCUUGUGCAAGUCACCUCAUUGAAAUAUCUAAUACUUAUUGAACACUUACUAUUUUUUCAGAAACUAUAUUAAGACCUGUACCCUCAUUUUUGACAGCAACCUCAAAGAAAGUCAGAUACUCUUGGAAUGCUUAUUUUUAAAGUUAAUGAAGACCUACAGAGUUAAGUAUCUUGCCCAAGAUCAUAGUUAAGAAGUAGCAGAUUUGAAUCAGGGAGUUUGAUUCAUCAAGAGAAGGCACUUAUCUAACUAUGCUGUUGCCUUUUUUAGUCUUCACUACUCAUCUACAAAAUAAAGCUAUUGAGAGUGGUGUCAGCAAGAUGGCUGACCAGAGGCACCUGGCAUUCACUUCUACCAGAAUAAACAGCUAAGACUUUGACUGCAGUGUUGAAGGAAGAGUGCUGGAGUGUGAUGGAUGAGUGGUGAUUGGAAGUCUAGGAAGGUAAUAUGGAGGUAUCUGUUGUCUGCCGCUUCAUCUACUCUGCCUGGAUCAGAUACACCUGAAGUCAGGAGAGACUUCACAUGUGGGAAAAUGUUAAGCAGGAGAUCCUCACUGUGCUCCAGCUCCAUUGCCACUGCAAACACCUAUAGUCCUCACAACAGAAGAAUCCCAUAGUUCCUUUAAGCUCUGAGUCCAUCUUGGAGAGCUGCAGAGAAUUCAUGCAGCUGUGUUGUCCUGGACUAGGAGUACAAGAUGUGUACUCCCCACCCCCAUUCACCCACUGUGAACCAAGGUGCUGCAGCAUGCUGCCGUCUUGAGACCUGAGCCACCUCUCAAGUAUGUCUUGCUCUAAGGUCAGUAGCCUCUGUGCUUCUCCAGCACUGGGGCUCCAUCUUCAUUAUGCCAAACCUACAUGGGUUAUGGAUCACCACAACCCAGAUGUGGGGAGUCUGGGCCCAGAAUUGACUGUGACUCUGGUCUUUCAUGGCAGAGAAACAAACCCCCACCUGCACUUAUGGCAGGAGGAACAACAGUCUUCCAGUCCUGCCCAGGAAGAACCUGCCUUUGAGCCAGCCAAACUGCUGCAUGGCCUCCUGCAAGUCAGAGAGGCCUCUGAGCAUCUAAGCAGCUGAUAUACCCAAUGGAGUUGGCAAUGUGCCCACACUCAGAACCUGAGAAACAGCCCUGCACCCUUACAUCCUCCCCUAACCCCACCACAAACUCGUCCCUGGGCCUUCCCAGUGGCCCUGUGCUCCCAAUAAGGACCUGAGAAAUAGGUGGGCACAUUGAGAAACAGCUCCAUGGGCUGUCCCCAGUAGACAUGCCUCUGAGCCAACCAAGCAGCCACCACUUGUCUCUGGUCCUGGACAGUGUAACAGCCCUAUGGCUGCAACCACAGCUAGACAGACCCCAAGGUGGCUGACCCACUGCGUGCAUGCACAUACCCCCAACCAGAGAAAUGGGGUGGUGAGGCCAAUCUCAGCAAAGGCACACCACUGUCACCACAAAUUCUCUCAGCUUAGGCCACUGAGAAACUUGCAAACACCACUAGUGUGGAUUUCAGUUGAAGAAGCUACAUGGAGCUACACUACUGCAUCCACCUAAAAUGAAGAUCAACACUUCCCAACCAACUGACACUCUAAGACCCAUUAAUACAAAUUGCUCUUUUUCUAUGAAACCUACCCCAUAAAAUUGGAAGAGGUGACGUUUCUACCAGAUGUGUAGAAAUCAACAUUGGGACAUAUCAAUACAAAAAAGCAAGGAAAUAUGUCACCUCCACAGGAAAACAAUAAUUACCCAGGAAUAGACCCC